GCUAGAAUGACAUCCACUCCACAUCAGUAGGAGGCGCUGUUAAGGUGAUAAUGAACUCUGGCGACGUCACUACAACGUGAAGAACUCAUAAUUCGCGCAAUUUUUAAUUGUAAAUGGCUAAAAGCGUAAAGUUGAGCUUCAGCGUAUUUAUCCAAUGAAAAUGGAUGAGGACGAGGCACAAAAACAGAGGCUUAAAGCUGCUGUUCACUACACUGUCGGCUCUCUCUGUCAACACAUCGCCGCAGACUGCGAGAAACAAAUCACCAAACAGACAAUAGCAGCUAUUGCAGAGACUGCAUUCAGACAGUGUGAUAUAUUUGCCAAGGACUUGGAAGCGUUUGCGAGACAUGCUAAAAGAAACACAGUUACAGUGGAUGAUGUGAAAUUGACAGCGAGGAGAACCACUGCACUGCACAACUACAUUCAGCAGAAAAGUGAAGAACUGGCUUUAAACAACCAAGAACUAAAGGAGAAAAGGAAGAAAAAUGCUGCCAAGAGGAAGAGUAAAGACAUGGAAGCUGAGGAGGAGAACGAGGUUGAAGACUGAUCAAAAUAAAUGUACAAAAUUCACACAAAAUUUCUAAGUUGCACAAAAGUACCUGGUUUUUGCAUGUAAUAACAAAACUGUAUAAAUAUUUGUAUGUAAAUCACAUUAAAUACUAAACACCAAUCAUUUUGUUUUACUCAAACAUGAGUUCAUUUGUAUUUUAUUGUAAUAAAGAAUCCUAUAAACAUA